AUGAUUCCUCCUACAGGGCUGUCCGUCCGGCUCUCCAAACGAGUUGCCGUCCCCGCAUUCCGCGCUCAAAGGCAGUUCAGCUCCGCACGCCCGAGUUUGAAGGAGAUCCAGGAGGCCUAUAUUCUAAGUGCUGCCAGAACACCAACUGCGAAGUUCAAUGGUUCAUUCACCUCCCUCUCGGCGCCCGAGCUCGGUGCUGUAGCCAUCAAAUCCGCCCUUAGCAAGUCGAAUAUCCCAGUCGACAAAGUCACCGAUGUAUAUAUGGGAAAUGUGCUGCAAGCGGCUAUUGGCCAGGCCCCAGCUCGUCAGGCAGCUAUGUUUGCAGGGUUAGCCUCUACAGUAGAAUCCACAACAAUCAACAAAGUGUGCGCAUCAGGUCUUAAGGCGGUAGCUCUUGCGGCCCAGAAUAUCCAGCUAGGUCUUGCAGAGGCCCAAGUGGCAGGUGGUAUGGAGAACAUGUCCAGAGUUCCAUAUUACCUACCCCGAUCUUCUCAACUGCCUCCCUUUGGAGAGAUAAAAUUGCAGGAUGGGUUGAUCAAAGACGGCUUGAUGGAUGUGUACAACCAAUUCCACAUGGGUAUCUGCGCCGAGCAAAGCGCAAAGAAGUAUGAAAUCUCCCGAGAACAGCAAGACGAAUACGCCAUUAGUUCAUACGAGCGAGCCCAACAGGCAUGGAAAGAGAACCGAUUUGCAGACGAGAUUGCCUCCGUUACUAUCAAGGACAAGAAAGGAGAGACUCUGAUUGAGAGAGACGAGGGAUUCGAGAAUCUGCGUGCAGACAAGCUCAGGACUCUUAAGCCUGCUUUCCUGCGUGAUGGCACUGGCACUGUAACCGCAGGCAACUCUUCUACCAUGAAUGACGGUGCGUCCGCUCUAGUCUUGGGUAACAGAGAUCUUGCCCGUGAGUUCGGUACUGGUGGACGUGCACUAGCCCGUAUUGUGUCCACAGCUGAUGCUGCCAUUGACCCGGUGGACUUCCCUGUUGCUCCCUCCAAGGCUGUUCCGAUCGCAUUGGAGCGUGCUGGUAUUACUAAGGACCAAGUUGCUGUUUGGGAGUUCAACGAAGCUUUUGCCGCGGUCAUUAAGGCUAAUGAAAAGAUUCUCGGUCUUGAGAAUGCCAAGGUCAACAUGCUUGGUGGUGCAAUCUCACUGGGCCAUGCUCUGGGUAGCUCUGGAUCUCGUAUCCUGGUCACUCUGCUCCACCAGUUGCAGCCAGGCGAGUAUGGCGUUGCUGCUAUCUGCAAUGGAGGUGGCGCAGCUACUGCUAUGGUUAUCCAGAAGUUGGAUCGCGUGGACUAA